GCAAAAUUGUCCUUCACUUUAGUAGGCUUUGUGGUAUCUCUUGAAAAAGCAGCUGCUGAAGGAGAUUUUGCUUCCUUCACAAGGGUCUUGUUGGAAAAUGUGGAAGAUCUUAUCCGGCAGCAGACUUCCAAUGACACCAUCAGCCCCCGGGCCUCCUCCUCCUACUAUGAACAGUAUCACUCACUAAAUGAGAUCUAUUCUUGGAUCGAAGUUAUGACUGAGUUGUAUCCUGAUAUGGUUGAAAAAAUCCACAUUGGAUCCUCAUAUGAGAAGUACCCACUUUAUGUUUUAAAGGUUUCUAGGAAAGAACAAAGGGCCAAAAAUGCCAUGUGGAUUGACUGUGGAAUCCAUGCCAGAGAGUGGAUCUCCCCUGCUUUCUGCUUGUGGUUCAUAGCCUCUGUAAUUCGUUCCCAUGGGCAAGAAAAUCUGCCUACCAGUCUUCUGAGGCACAUGGAUUUCUAUGUUAUGCCGGUGGUUAACGUGGAUGGUUAUGACUACACGUGGAAAAAGAAUCGAAUGUGGAGAAAGAACCGUUCUUUUCAUGAAAACAAUUCUUGCAUCGGAACAGACCUGAACAGGAACUUUGCCUCCAAACACUGGUGUGAGGAAGGUGCCUCGAGUUUCUCGUGCUCGGAAACCUACUGUGGACUUUACCCUGAGUCGGAACCAGAAGUGAAGGCAGUGGCUGAUUUCUUGAGAAGAAAUAUCAACCACAUUAAAGCUUAUGUCAGCAUGCAUUCGUACUCCCAGAAGAUAGUGUUUCCGUAUUCCUAUAGCAGAAGCAAAAGCAAAGACCACGAGGAACUAUCUCUAGUGGCCAGUGAAGCAGUCCGUGCUAUUGAGAAUACUAAUAAAAAUACCAGAUAUACACAUGGCAGUGGUUCAGAAAGUUUAUAUCUAGCUCCUGGAGGUUCGGAUGACUGGAUCCAUGACUUGGGCAUCAAAUAUUCGUUUACAAUUGAACUUCGAGAUACAGGCAGAUACGGAUUCUUGCUGCCAGAGAGUUACAUCAAACCCACUUGUACAGAAGCUUUCGCUGCUGUCUCUAAAAUAGCUUGGCAUGUCAUCAGGAAUGUUUAAUGCUCUUGAUUUUUUCACUCUGUUCCCAUAUUUUAAUUUACUGAUUCCAGCCAAACCAAAUCUUUGUAUCAGUUUCUUUUUAAGUUUUAUCAGUUUUCAUAAAAGGGUUUCCCAUUCCUCGGUUUUGUCAAAGAACAAAAUAAAUGCUACCUUAA